AUGAGGUGGUUUGAUGGUUUGGGUGCAGGUUCUAUUGACACCUUCAAGGAGCUCACACAAGCGUUUGGGUCUCGUUUCAUUACGUGUAGUAAGGUUCCUCAACCCUUAGAUUCUCUAUUGUCCAUGUCAAUGCGAGAAGGUGAGACCCUGAAAAUGUGCUCGGACAAAUACUGGGAGAUAUGUAAUAAGAUUGAUGGAGAUUUUGAUGACGUGGCUAUAAGGACCUUCAAAGUUAGACUGCCCACCGAGCAUGAUUUGAGAAAAUCCUUGACCAAGACGCCAAUAAGGAGUGUUCGUUGGCUUAUAGAUCGCAUUGAUGAGUACAAGCGGGUCGAGGAAGACCAACAGCAAGGCAAGGGAAAGGGUAAGGUUAUCCCUCAGGAGAUAAGAGAUUUCAGGUCAGAUAGAUACAACAAUAACAGACUCCGAAGGGAUUUUGCGGGACAAUUUGGAUCUACAGCUUCUCAGGUGGUUAACACUGUGUUCCGAGAACCAAUGCAUCAAGUCUUGGAAAAGAUCAAGAACGAGUCAUACUUCAAAUAG